AUGAAUUCAUUGUACAUUAAUUCAUCUAAUAAAGAAUUAAAAAUAUCUUAUAAUAAUAAUGAUAUUUUUAUAAAUGAUCAUAUUAUACCUUAUCAUUUAAAUCAAACAACAAAUGAAUUAAUAUUAAAAUGUAAAAAUAAUUAUCAAUUAGAAUUUUUAUUUGGAAAUACCAUAUCAUAUACAAUAAUUUCACCAUAUUUUUGUGAUUCAAUUUCAUUUAACAAAACAUCAAUUUAUUUUGAUUAUCCUAUAUCUGAUUUUUUACAAAAUGUUACUCAAAAUAAUAAAAUUUUAAAACAAAAUAAUUGUUCAAGUACAAUUAGCAAAAAACGAUUGAUGAGGUUUUUAUCAAAAAAUGACAAGAAAAGUCAACUUGCGUAUGUUGGUGAUAUAAUAAAAGUUUUUGAAGGAGAUAAAGUACCUAUUACGUGGAAAAAUUUAUAUGUAUUACCAGAACAUCAAAGAUUUAAACUAAAAAAUUCUGAUAUAAAAUUUAAUAUUAUUGAUCAACCAUCUCAUGGUAUUUUACAAUUUUCAAAUGGUAAUUUGGCAAAUAGUUUUAGUUAUGAAAAUUUAACAGAAAAUCAAAUUUUUUAUAAACAUGAUGGAAGUCAAAUAUCAAAAGAUUCUUUUGAUGUUCAAGUUGAGUUAUUUAAAAAAGAUGAGGAAAUAUUUAAUUAUGUAGAUUUUACCAAAAAUACUUUAACUAUUUAUAUAGAAGUAAUAAAUAUUAAUGAUCCACCAGUGUUAGAAUUAGCAAAUGAUAAAUAUUCUAUUAUCAUACCAGAAAAAUCAUGCCGACUUUUGACAAUAGAUCAAUUGAUUAUUUUUGAUGUGGAUAAUUCUAAUGAUGAUGUAUAUGUUACAUUAUUAGAAGCUCAAGGUGUUCUUAUCCAAACAAAUUUAUCAAUAACUGUCACAAAUUUUACAUUAAAUCAAUUAAUCAAUCAUCAGAUUUAUAUAUGUGAUGAUAAAAGUGAUUUAAAUUAUCGUUAUAUAAAAUUACAAGCUUAUGAUCAAUUAUCAAAUUCUAGUGUUCUUACACUUAAUUGUUUAAUUAAAAAAAUUUCUUUUAAUGAAUUAUAUAAUACUGGAGUUUUGGUUUCACAUAAAUCACAUCAAACAAUAUAUUCAAAUAAUUUAACAUAUAAUAUAAAUAUAAAAAAUGUUUGUGAAUUGGAAUAUUAUAUUAUUGAUGAACCUUCUUUUGGAGUAAUAGAAUGUCUUCAAAAUAUUGGAGAAUUUGGUAAAUGUUCAAAAUUUGAACAAAAAAGUAUUGAUCAAGAAAAAGUAAGAUACAAACAUGAAGUUGACAAUAGACCAUUAAAUGAUACUUUUAAUUUUAUUGUAUCAUGUAACAAUAUAACAAGUCAACCUAAAACUUUUUCCAUUAAAUUUGUUCCAUUAGAUAUAGAUAUUUUUAAUUUUAAACCAUUUAUUUUGAAUAAUACGGAACAAAGUUAUUUGGAAAGAUCCAAUUUAGUAGUUAUGACAAAACCACAAACGUUUCAACCAUAUGAAUUAAUUUAUUAUAUAAUAGAACCACCCAAAUUUGGUAUUUUGUCUCGUAAAAUUAAUGAUAAAAAAAACAGGAGAAUAGGUGUAUCUUCAAAUUUUACUCAAGAACACAUCAAUGAAAAUCUCAUUCAAUAUAAACUUCAUUUUGUACAAUAUUCUGUUGUAAAUGAUUAUUUUAUUUUUAAAGUUUUAACUCCAACUAAGGUUUCUGAAAUUAAAAGAUUUGACAUUAUUUAUAUUCCAAGUGGGAAUUCUGUACAACUUAUUAAUAGAAUAAUUUCAGUUAAAACAUUUAGCAAACAACCAAUUUUAAAAACUUCAUUAUGGUUAGAGACAUCAGAUGAUAAUGACUUUUCUUUUACUAUUCUUAUUCCACCAAUGUUUGGUAAAAUACUAAAAAAUGAUAAUACAAAAGAUUUAAUAAAAUUGGAAAAGAAUAAUUCAUUUAAUUCUGAAGACAUUGUAAAUGGAAAACUAUAUUAUAAACAUGAUGGAUUUGAUAAUUUAAAAGAUAAUGUAUAUUUAAUUGCCAGAAGUAUUUAUAAAGAAAAUUCAAUAAUCCCUUUUUGGGUUACAUUUCAUAUGAUUGAAACAGAAAAUUUAUCAUUUAUAUUGAAUCAUGAUGCAUAUGAGAUACAAUUACCUAUAAAUAAUGAAAAAAUCCUUCACCCAUGGAUGUUUUUAAAAAAAAAUACAAGUAAAUUACAAUUUAAAAUAUUAACUAAAAUGGAGAAUUUUAAAAUAGUAUCAAAUUUUGAUAGAAAAAAAAUAGUUUCAAGUUUUAACAACAAUGAUUUAGAGAAAAGAAAUUUGUUAAUAAAACAUUUUGGUUCAAAGUUUAAUGAAAUUGUAAAAAUAUCUGUAAAUAAUGGUUUUUUAAAUAAAACAAUAAACGUUAGAAUUUCAGCAAAACAACCAUCACUUGAAAUUAUAAAAAAUAUUAUUAAAUAUAAUAUAAAUACAAAUGAUAAUUUUAAUCUAAUUUCAAGAGAUAGUUUACAAUCAAAUUGUAAUCUAAAUAUUGAUUUGUAUGAAAUACAAUAUAAUAUAUUAGAAAAGUAUGAAUUUUAUCGUCUAGAAAAUGGACAAUUAAAUGAAAUCCUUACAUUUUCUCAAAUGGAUAUAAAUGAUAAUAAAAUUUUUUUUAAGUUAUCAAAAUGGCCAUCAAAGAUAACUGUUGAGGUGGUUUGUAGAAAUAUUAAAAAAUUAAGUGAUAUACAUUUUGAAGAAAAUGGAAAUAUAACAAAUUUUGUAAUUAGUAAUAUAUCACCAUUAAAUGUCUCUUUUGCAUCAAUUGAAACAAUUACAACUGAUGUCAUAUCGGUUACUCCAAUUAAUGACGAAGAUAAAAUUGUUUAUGAAAUUAUAGAAUUUCCUAAACAUGGAAAUAUUCUUAUAGAUAUUGAAAAUUUUUCUAAAAGUUCUAAAUUUUAUAAAGAAUCUGUAAAUCAAAUUUCUUCUUCAAUACAAUCAAGAAUGGAAAUAAAAAAAUUUACACAAGAAAAUUUGAAAUUUAAAAAUAUUUUUUAUGUCAAUAAUGGUGUUGAUGAAAAUAUAAUUAAUGAUUAUUUCUAUGUAAUGAUUCAUAAAAAAAUGUCUAGUUUUGGUCCAUUUAAAUUAAUAAUUAAUAUAAAACAUUCAAAUAUUAAAAAGUUAUCAAUUAACUUAUAUUUACAAUGGAAUUUGAAGAAUAGUAUGCAAGAAAUACUACAAUCAUAUUAUCAUUUAUCAGAAGAAAAUAAUGUUAUUUUUAAAAUAAUUAAACAACCCUCAAUAGGAAAAAUAUUAAAAGAAAAAUUACUUACAGAACAAAAUGAAUUUGUUAAUGAAUUUUAUAAUGAUGAAUUGGAAAAGAAUGAGAUAUUUUAUAGUACAGAAAAAAAUGAUAAAAUAAAAAAUAAGGACAAAUUUAUUGUAAGAAUUUGUUCUGUAAAUAGUGGAAAAUGUGAAUUAGAUUUAGAAUUUAUUAUCACAAUAAAUUCAUUUGAUAUAAAAACAAUAGAUUUACUAAAAAAUGAACGUUUAAUUGUUUGGAGUAAUAAUGAACCAUUUACUAUAACAAAAAAUCAUUUAUUUGUUCAAGAUGAUAAUAAACCUUCAGAAAAUAUUGUAUAUUCAAUUACAAAAGUUGUAAAUGGAUUUGUAUCAUUGAAAUCUAAUAUAUUAAAACCUAUAAAAUAUUUUACACAAAAUGAUAUAAAUUCAAAUAUUAUUCAAUUUACUUUAACACAAGAUUCAACGGGUGGUUUUGCAUUUACUAUAUCAAAUAGUAUAAAUAGAAUUGAACCAGAAUGGUUUACAGUUGAAAAAAUGAUAAAAAAUAAUAUUAUAUUUGAAAAUAAUGCAAAAUUAUUUACAUACCCAUUAGGAAAAGAAUUCAUAACAACAAACUUGCUAAAAGUAGCUUAUUUAAAUAGUUCCAAUGAAAAUAUAAUUUAUCAUAUAUCUAAACAACCUAAAUAUGGAAAUAUUUUAUUGAAUGGUAAGAUAACAAAUUUAUUUACACAAUCAGAUUUAAUUAAUAAAAAUGUAAUUUUUCAAUCUACAAAUAAAUAUCAAAAAUAUUGGACAAUUAAAGAUUAUUUUCUCUUUAAUAUAUCUAUAAAUAAUAAAGUUUCUUCUGGAGUAGAAAAAUUUAGAAUUACAAUUACAUAUGCUUUGAUUCAACAAGACAAUCAAAAUUUAUUUAUACCUACAUCAAAAAUGUACGUUAGUGCUAAUGGUGCUUCAAUAUUAACACAAUCAAUUUUAAAUAUGACAGAUAUAAUAAAAUAUUUAUCAAAAGAAAAAUUAGCAUUGGAAAUAUGGAAACCUCCAAAAUUUGGGGUAAUUAAAUUUUUUAAAGGAAAUGACAAAAUUGAUAAAAUUAUUGGAGAUCAAAUAUUACAUUUAGAUAAAUAUAUUUACUACGAAAAUAAUCAAAAUAAUCAAAAAGUUGAUAAUACAUGGUUUUCUCUUUGUCCUGAAAAAGAAUGCCAUAAAAAAAGAAGUAGAAUGAAAAUUCAUCUCCCAAUUGAAAUAAUCUCUCCUAUGAUGAAAGAAAUACAAUUUGAAAAUUUCGAUGAAAUUAUUUACGUUGAUGAAACAGGAAUUAAAAUUUUAAACAAUCAAAUUAUAAAAGUGACACAUCUUUUUUUAUCAUCUUCAAAUUUAUAUUUUACUGUUGACAAAUUAACAAAAAAUACAACACAUAUAUUUGUGGAAAACAAAAAAAGUACAAAAUUUUCACAAAAUGAUAUUGAUAAAGGUAUCGUUUCUAUAAGAAAAUCAUUAAAUUUUACUGAAUCAUCUGAUUUAAUACAAAUAAAUAUAGGAGGACAUAACAGAGUGUUAAAAAUAAUUUAUCAAUCUAUAAAAUUAGAAGUUACCAAUAAUUCAAAUAUUCAAUAUUAUCAAGGUAAAACUUAUGUAAUAUUAAAUCAAACACAUCUUAAUGUUCAAAAAAAUGCUAAUAGAGAUAAAAUAAUAUAUAAUAUAACAAAAAUUCCAAACAAUGGAACAUUUUAUAGAGUUGAUGGUGAUAAGGAAGUUUUAACAUUUUCACAAGAAAAUAUUGACAAUGGAGAAAUUUUAUAUGCUCAAGUAAAUAUGAAUGCUUUUCAAGAUUAUUUUGAGUUUUCAAUUUUUUAUGAUGGAAAUGAAAUCGUUAAAUCAAAUUCUAAAAUAACAAUUAUUCCUACUAUCAGUUAUAAACCAUUUACUUUAGAGGGAGGAACGAUGUCUAAUAUUGAUAUAAAAUAUAUCAAUGCUACAACAAUAUCAGAAUUAUCACCAAGAUUUUAUGUUAUUAUUAAUCCAAAUUAUGGAAAACUUAUUUUAAAUGGUAUUACUCCUUUAAAUGAAUCAAUUAAAUUUUUUACUUUUACGGACAUAAUUGAGCACAGAUUAUUCUAUGAUGCAAUUGAUACGAAAAAACCUCUUGUAGACAAUAUUCAAAUCGAAUUGAGAGGUGAUUCAAUACAACCUGCUAGAUUUAAUUUUACAGUCCACAUAACACCAACAUUACUAGGUUCACAUGAAAUAGAUACUACAAUGAAAAAAAAACUUUAUGAAAAUGAUAUAAAAAUAGCUAAACCAUCUAUUCCAAAAAUCCAAUCUGAUAACGAGAGUAAUAAUCUUUCUGUUAUACUUGCAGUAUGUAUUGUUGUUAUAAUUAUAUGUGUUUUAUUUUGUAAAAGAUCAUCAUCAAAAAAAAAAGAAUCACAGCCACAACUUCACCAAUUAAAUGAUGAUCAAAAUCCAAAUUUGUAUAGAAGUUUGGAAGUCUUACAACUAAGUAAACAAUUAAAUAAAAAUACAAUUCAUCAUAAAAUACCAACAACAAAUUUAUUAGAAAAUACAGUAUAUGCAAAAGUAGGAGAACAAAAAAUAUUGGAUAGUACAACAAUGUCUCCUAGAAAUAACCGAAAAACUCCAACAAAAUUUGAAUCGUCAAAAGAAUCAUUAAAACCAAAUAUUCUACAAACUUUUGAAACACCUAGAAGUAUAAAUAAGUACAAUAUAUCAAGUAGUCGUUUGGUUUCAUUCCCAUCAAAAGAAAUUGCUCAGAUACAUAAAACUGAAUCUGAAACAAAUUUUCAUUCAAGAAAACAACAAGGAAAUACUACUUUAAAAAAGGAUCAAUAUUGGGUAUAA